AUGGAUUUGAUUUCUGCGCUGCGCUUUCUCAAACUAGACCAACUUUCCCCAGCCUGGGUGGAUACCAUAUGGGAUUUUGAGUUCACGGAGGCAGAGCCGUUGGACACCGCCAUCGAGGAGGAAAUUGUUGCCUGUGGCAACAAGGCAUUUAAAAAUUUGUACAAGUGCUUUUUGCCUUACGCCACGGACAGUGGGUCGUCUACAGGGGAUGGAGAGAACAUCUGGUCAUUAUUUGGAGAUAACGGCGUCUGUCCUAAGGCGCUGGUGGCAGAGCUGUCCUUCUUCAUCCUGGGAGGGAAGCGUAAAACAGCCAGCGGCCAGCAGAGGGUCAGUGCCCUGCAGGCUGCCUCCAUCUACCUGCUGCUGCUGGGCAUACCUGGCAGCAUUGCCAACCAGGUGUUCCACCAGGUUUUGUUGGACACCUGUUUAGACCUGGUGUCUCACUGUUGGCCUCAGGAAUGUGGGAAGAAGCGGAAGAAGGAGGCGUUGAAGGCCUCCCAAGCCGACAAGCGCUCCAGACCCCCCAGGAAAGACCAGGAGGAGAUGGAUGAAGAUGAGGCAGAGGAAGAGGAGGAGGUCUUUCUCUCCACCCAUGACCUAGUGGAGAUCAGAGAAGGUGUGGUCCACCUAGUCCGAAUCCUCCUUCGAAUCCUUCACACCUUCCCCUUCCAAGACAAACCAGAGAACACCCACAGCUUUGCCCAGGUCUUCGCUAAGCUCAUCUACUUUGAGCCAGUCGUCGGAGAGCUUACCUUCACUAGCAAACAAGAUAUUGGUAAAAUAAGCAGCAUUCCUGGGCUGGCCUUCUAUGGCCUCAGACUGCUCUGCACGCCAAGCCAAGGGGAAGUGAAUGAGUCGUUGCGGAAGGUAUUUUACAGGCUGCUGUUUGUGAUUCUGAUGAUGAGUAAGAAUCGUGUAGGACGACCCUCCCUCCUCCCCCUCUCCCACUCUGUCCUCCAAGCCCGAGACCACGCUCUCCAUUUUGUCUGUCACGUGGUGGAGGAACUGAAGGAGACGGCGAUGCCUUUCCUGCACAUUCUCGUUCAACACAUCUGCUUCCAGAUGGUGGAGAAGAAUGAGUAUCGUACCCACGGAGCCCAGGCUGUGGGCAUGCUGAUGUCGCUGAUGCCCAGUGUGGACUACGUCUCCUUAGUGAAGUGGCUUUUUAACUACUCCAAACAUUCAAAGGUAGUGUACAGGCUGUUUGCGGUGGAUGUGGUGAUGAUCCUGUUGGAGCAGCCAGAGAGAACACCUGAGAGUCUGGAUCCUGAGCUGUCUUCGUUCCUGUCCCACAAGUUCCUGAUCCACGACCUGUUGUUCGGGCGUCGAACCGACAUCUCACCAACCGUGCGCGGACACACCCUGGCCUGCCUGGCUCAGUGCCUGGAGCUCCCCUCCUUCAAUGCCACGCGUGCCGUGCACACCCUUUUCUCUACCACUGCAUCCCAGACUGUGUUGGAGACUCAGAGCUUUGAAGGGGCUCAGAGCGCUCAUCAGACUCAGAAGACGUACCGGACUCUUCCUUUCAGGACUGUGGAGAUCACCAGCAGUGACAACAAUAUCUAUGACGCCAAGGAGAACCUGGUUCUCCUGCUGCAGCGGGUAGCCGACCCAAAGACCAGCGUGAGGAAGUCUGCGUUGCAGGCGCUGACGGGGCUCCUGAAACACGGCGUCGUCCCCUUGACAACAGAGAACUUGGCGGUACUGUCGGACCGCUGCAGAGACCCCGCCAUCUCUGUCAAGAAGAAGGCCCUGCAGUGUCUGAGGGAGCUGCUGACUUCCAAAUCAGAAAGCAGUCUGGUUCAGAGGACGUGGCUGCAGGGCGUGGUCCCGGCGUUGGUGGAUUCAGAGAGCUCUGUCCAGGAGAAGGCCCUGGAGGAGCUGGAGGUGGUGCUUCUCAACCAGGUGAAGAGUUACUCUGCCCAAACACACCUGGAUGCUGCCCAGAGACUCACCUGGGACCUGCUGGGGCUGCUCUGCCACGAGUGCCAGAACCUCAGCCGUUAUUUCAGCCGGGCCUUCACCAACUGGUCCAAACAGAACAAGAUCACCCCUGCCCUCAUCACUAACCUCAUCUGUCACACCGAGGCCGAGCAUGCUGACGGGGCAUGGCUGCUACUCGCCAAGGUGGCCAGCUCCUCCCCAAAAAUCCCUUGCGGCAAGAUCCUGGAAGCAUGGGAGGACAUGGUGAGCUCCAAGGUUGUUUCCGUGACAACCAUGUGUCACAUCCUGUCGGUGGUCGGGGACAUAGCGGAGCACCUGAACGAGGACACCAAGAGCAGGAUCAUUGAUGACUUAAUGACCUGGUUGAAGAUGUUCUCCAUGCCACUGGAGGUGAUCAGUGCGAGCAUGGAGACCCUGUUUCUGCUGGGCCGCAGUGAAGACAUCAAACAGACCCAGGCUUUUCUGAACAAACAUUGUGGGGAACUGGUGGCUGUCUGCAAGAACUAUCUGGCGACCAUCAUCCUAAGUGAGACAGGAGCCGAAAACUUAAACCCGGAACUGAUGGUGAAGCACCUGCACACCCUGGGCGUGGCCUCGCUACACUGCCCUGCUCAAUUGGGCAAGAGGACGGUGCUGCUGGUGGAGUCGGUCCUGACUACCCACAGAGACAAGCUGGCAGGUUCUGAGGACCUGCCUGCCUCUCUGCCGCUCUCCCAGUUCAGAGCCAACUUUCUGCCCACCAUGGUCAGAGCACACGGAGUCAUCACUCUAGGUAAGCUGUGCCUGCAGCAUGAGGAGUUGGCCCAGAAGUACCUGCCGGUGUUGGCUCGGGAGCUGGAGGUGGGGGAGGAAGUGGCAGUGAGGAACAACAUAGUGGUGAUCAUGUGUGACUUGUGUGUCCGCUACACCAACAUGGUUGACCACUACAUCCCUAACAUCUCCGCCUGUCUCUGGGACAAUGAGGCUGUCAUCAGGGAGCAGACGCUGAUCAUGCUGACGAAUCUGCUACAGGAGGAGUUUCUCAAAUGGAAGGGCUCCCUCUUCUUCGAGUUUGUGAGCGUGUUGGUCGACAACGUGCCUUCCAUUGCAAGUCUGUGUGAGUACUGCCUGGUCCACCUGCUGCUGAAGAAGAACCCGACCAUGUUCAGCCAGCACUUCAUCGAGUGCAUCUUCUACUUCAACUCUUACCGCAAACACAAAGCCUACAACCGAUUCCCUCAGACAGACAGGAAAAAGACCCAGUUCUCCCUGAAGGGAGCCCAGAACCGUCAGAAGCGCUUUCGAAUCUACCAGUUCCUCCUGGAGCAUUUUACCGAUGCCCAGCGCUUCAGUGUCACCAGCAAGAUAAACCAGACUGUCCUGGCAUGUUUCGCUGAUAAAGAACUCCCCCUGGACCCGGAUGGCGCCAACAUUCUGGCUGAAACGUUUGGCAUCCUGAGCCUGACAGAGAUGAAGCUUCAGGUCAUGUCUUCUCCAGAGGUCAGCGCCUCAGGCGAGGAGCCUGAGGAGGAGAACAUGGCCGCCAUGGCCAAGGCAGUCCUCCAGGCCACGCACAAGAAAGUUGUGUCACAGGUCCAGAAGAAGGCCUUCAUAGAGAACACCAUCCCUAUCAUCAUCAGUCUGAAGACCAUGCUGGAGCAGAACCACUCACCUGUCCUCCGAGACCUCAUGGCCUAUCUCCAGGUGACCAUGCAAGACUACCGCAGUGAGGUGAAGGAGUUUUUCGCCGGGGACGAGCAGCUGGCAGCAGAGCUGGAGUACAACCUGAAGAUGUUUGAGCAGGAGCGAGAGAUGGAGCAGCAGAUGACCGGCCUCUCUGUAGUAGGACAGACCAACCACAGAAACCCGUCGGUUUCUGUCCAGGGCUCUCCUGCUGUAUCCAACCAAGUCCGGCUGCUGGCCGGCUUCGCCACACCUCAACCCCCCCGACCCCUGCUGCCCCCCCGCAUGACCCUGACAGACAGGAGACGUGUUGCCUCUCCGGCUUCAUCUCGUGUUAAACCUCGGCUGGGGGAACAAAGCAAGCAGACUGGCGCUAUCUACGAGCCGUCCAUUGCCAUGGAAGAAACAGUCAUCACGAAAGGAACGGUGGAAAACCGAGCCAUCAGUACGCCUGUCGAUAUGGAAUUCAAUCUCACUUUCGGCGGUGGAGUGAGUGCCAUCUACAGCGACCAGUGGAGAAGUGCAGGUGACGACGGCAGUAUUCUUCAUCAGCUGUCCCAAGACCACCAAAAGCCAACACACAGACAGCAGUGGAACGUCCAGUCUCCUCUCCGCCACAAGAACACCAAACGGUUCUCAUGUUGAACUCACGUCACUUCUUUGUCUUUCUACAUCAGUAUGUUUAAGAAGAAAUGCAUCACCAAAGUCUCGGUAGUUCUGUCGUGUUCCAAUCAAAUGUACAUUUAAAUACAAUCCACUCUGUGCAUAACAGGAAACUGGUAUGAGCGCUGCAGUGGAAACCAGAAGUCAG